AUGGCUGGCUUCAGCUGGUAUCUCUCUGAAGGCUUUCAAGUUAUAAUUGAGAAGUCAAAAGAAGCUAAAUGUUCCUUAAAAGAUGUUCAGUUACGUUUCCUGUGCCCUGAUGAUUUAGAAGAAGUCAGGUCUUUAUGUAGAGAUUGGUUUCCAAUAGAGUACCCACAGUCAUGGUAUGAAGACAUUACAUCAUCAGAGAGAUUUUUUGCACUGGCAGCAGUUUACAAAACUCAAAUUAUUGGUCUUAUAGUUGCUGAGAUUAAACCAUACCUUAAGUUAAAUGCAGAAGACCGAGGAAUUCUUUCAAGAUGGUUUGCAUCAAAAGAUACACUUGUUGCAUACAUCCUGUCCUUAGGAGUUGUGCGUUCGUACCGUCGCUCUGGCGUAGCAACAAUGUUGUUGGACGUGUUGAUCAAUCACCUAGCAGGACCAGUAGCGCAUCUCCCGCAUGAACACCGCGUCAAAGCUAUAUUCCUUCAUGUACUCACCACCAAUAAUGAGGCUAUACAUUUUUAUGAAAAAAGAAGAUUUCGAUUGCACUCGUUUCUUCCGUACUACUACUCAAUAAAAGGACGGUGUAAGGACGGUUUUACUUAUGUGUACUACUUAAAUGGGGGACACGCCCCUUGGGGGAUAUAUGACUACGUUAAGUACGUAGCCCGUGCGGCGUGGAGCGGUGGCGGGCUUUACCCAUGGCUGUGGGGUAAACUCCGUACUGCCCUAACCAUUGCGUGGCACAGAUAG